ACAGCGAUAUUCUUUUCUGAUUGGGAAAAGUUAGAAUGAGCACUUCGGAGUCCAACUCGGAAGGUAGCGUUUGGAAAGAAGUAUUCCAUUCAUUUACAAACAGAUGGUUGCAGAGAUUCGAACGUCUUCCACAGCUUCAAGCGGAUAUUAGAAGUGGUGUUGUGUGGGACUCUAUGAAAAGAAAAUUUCUUGAAGUUAAGGAAUCUGUUGAAGCAAAUCCUUAUCCCACUGCAGCUUACGUCGUGACUUUCGCUACCUUGUAUGGACACCUUUUGUGGAAAAAACGAGCAGCACAACUGGAAGAGGCUAGAAUUAGGCGUACUUUUCAAGAAGUGAAGGAUCGUCAAGCAAGAGAAAAGGCAUUGCAGAAGCUUAGAGAACAAAAGCUGGACUCUCUUUCUGCGGAAGAGAUUGAAAGACUUCGCAAGAAGAAAAUAGAAGAAGAAAUCAAAAAGGAAAAGGAGCAGUUGGCAGAUAUUUCUCGUAGUUGAUAUGUUUUUGGGGAAAGUAGCGCGACAGGUAGUGUUUUUUCAGUUGGAAGGUUUUAACUUGGACACACUCUGUUUAAAAUUCUCUGGAUGAAACUCAUAUCUUAUAAAAAUGAAUACUCAUUUCUGACUUUGGUCAUUUUGCAUA